AUGUCUCUUGCUCACGGUGGUGCUGACCACAAAGCUGAAAUCCGCUCCAAGAUCUGGACUGAGCUGCGCAAGGUCGCCCUCCCAGACUCGCGCUUCCACUUCGACUUCUCGAGCUUUAUCGCCGACUUCGAGGGCUCCCAGGCGGCCAACGAGACCCUCCUGGCCCACCCCUCCUUCACCGCAUGCACCUGUGUCUUCAUCACCCCAGACAACUGCCUCGAGCACCUGCGCGAGAAGACCCUCGCCGCGGGAGUCAAGAUCCUCAUGACCACCUAUGGCAUCCGCAGGGGUUUCUGGCUGCUGGACCCCUCACGGAUCGACAACCCGGCGCUGUUCAAAUAUGCCGCCACCCUGGACGGCAUGGAGAAGAUCGGCACGCCUGUCACCCUCCAGGACAUCGCCGCCAUGCACCUCAAAGUCGGGCUGAUGGUCACGGGCACGGGCGCCAUCAACAAGAAGGGCAUCCGCUUCGGUAAGGGCCACGGCUUCUUCGACCUGGAAUGGGCUAUGCUGUACUCUAUCGGCAUCGUCGGCCCGCACACAACCACUGCCGCCGUUGUCCAUGACUGCCAGGUGCUGGACGAGGAGCUGGUCCCGGAGGCCUUCGACACCGUAUGCGACUUGAUCAUCACGCCCACCAGGCUCAUAACCGCGGCAGACGCCAGCGUCAGCAAGCCAAGGUGCGGCAUACUAUGGGAUAAGCUAACGGCUGGCAUGUUGGAGGACAUCCCACCCCUGCAGGAACUGAAAAGCCUGCGCUUGUCAUCACCGGAAGCAGCAACUAGAGGGAAUACCAUGACUUGA